GGUAACACGCGCAAGGGGAGGCGAAGAUAGACGAAGAGAUCGAAGAGUCGGACGAAGAAGACGACAGAGAGGGAGCGCUCCCGGACAGAACUCUUAAAAACAUCUCCAAAGGCCACUUCUUAGACGACGCUGAAACGGAAAUGUCAUAUCUGCAAAGUAAAAAUGACAGCGACUUUCUGCGUAUCUCGACGUCCACAUCAGUAAACUCCAACGAAUCCGUAACCAACUUGUGUGCUCAGUCAGAAUGUUGCUCUCCUCUUAUGAGCGUCAAAGUUACUGAACAAGAGCCUGCUACUCCUGUAGAAAAGCAAAGGGUCAAGCUCGAAGUAGAAGUUACAAAACCUCAAGAAGCUGCAACUAAAGACUGCACUACCUCAUCUAAAGUCGAUAACGAUAAAGCGCCUGCUUUAGAAUGUCGCCGCAGUCUGGAAAAGAUUUUCACAUUGAUGAAGAAACUGCAGCAGAUUGAAACCUCAGAAAAUACAAAGAAGAAGGCACUGGCCAACGAAUCAAGGAGAUUAGUAAGUGAAAGCGGUUCUAGUCUAAAACGACGAGUGUCUUUCAGCAGUCCAAAAUUAGAGAAACUCUCAGAUCGACCAGAAAAAGCUAAAGAAAGACGUGAUAACUCUCCUACAGCUGCCGUGCCUAAAGUCGUUAUCAGCAUGAAACCACAUACAAAAGCGGACGAUAAAAACCGCAACAAACCGAAACCCCGCGUAAAGCAUAUUCCCGAAAAUCCUUUAAAAGCGAUAUCGCAGUUGCUCCACGAUAUCGACAACGUGCAGAAGUCUAGACCGAAAAUAGCGGAUCCAAAAGCUGUCAACCGGUCGAUAGCGACGGAAAACGAGGAGGUAAAAUUACAGAAGAGGCGGUCGCGGGUCGGGUCGCCGGCAGUGGACGAGCCGAGGAUUCCGGCCAGAGUGAAGACGCGGUUUGUGCGAGAGGAGAGGCCUGAGGUCGUAAAGCCGCAGGCGCUGGAGAAGAAGAUCAACGACCUGAUCGACGAGGCCAAGGAGGCGCGCGGAGAGGCCGUGCGCGGCCCGCCGCGGUUCAGCUCGCGCCUCAACGCGCUGGCGCAGCCCAAGCGGACUUACGUGCAGGCGCUUGCUGAGGACCUCCCUAGGCGACAGCAGGCCCCUGAGCGCGCGCCGCGUCCGGGCUCGCACUACUCGCGCACGCGGCGCCGCGCGGACCGCCGCCUGUCGCCCGGCUCCGUCAGAGUGCCACACUCCUCCUUAGAGCGUACCAAGCCGCGCCGCUCCGCCGCCAGCAGCCCCGAGGUUCGCCGAGUGCCCCCGCAGUUCGGCACGCUCGCCGCCGCCGCCGCCGAUGCUUUAAACAUAAAAAAGAAGAGGCCAGUGGAGCCGGCCGUCGGUGGGCACAGCGUGGAGCACGUGGCGAUCACCCGCGCGCCGCUGCUGCCCUGCGACGUUGAACUAUCUUCGGGAACUUCAUGUGCCACGGAUGAUAAGUCCAGCUCCAUCGGCCUCAAACUGCACCGUAUGGUCGACGCCAUGCUCCACGCCUCGCGACCUUCCGACAUGGCAGUUGCCGGUAACGAUUCCAGUCCGUCGCUCGUCUGUAACGAGGAACUCAUAGAAACUCAAAUCUCGGACGAAAUUUUUGUAGAAAAUACCGCCCUUGAAGAAAUCUUUACAGCCAGCAGCGAGAGAAAUGAUAGGCUUGAAAAUGCGCAUCUGAUCACACCGGUGAACUCGGUCACUGAGCUGUUGGAGCUGGAGCACGCGCUGCACCGCAGCCUGUCGUCGGGCGCGUUCGGCCGCCCGCGCGUCAACAAGCUCACGCUGUCCCCGCGGCCCUCCCUGCAGCGCGUCGUCAUGCACCAGUCUGGAGACACCACUCUCGUCCUCAAAUCGCAUCUCACCCAAAAAAUACAAGUCACUUGCCAAUCGUCCGAUCAUAAGAAUGAUAUAAUGGGGUUACUAUCGAACACGCGGUUAGACUGUGAAUUUUCUGGAUUCCCGUUGCAAAUAUCUACCGUCGGCUAUGCUUUUCCUACUUUUCAAUGUCAAAUAAAGAAUAUAACGUCAAGAAUACUUACAGACGUGGUUGAUACGUCAGAACCGGGGACGUCUUGCACGGAUAGUGUAGAAACUGUGCUGGAGAUCAAAGCUGAAAGGGGUUCGGCGGACGAGGAACGUGUCACCGGACAAGGUAACGCUGCCGAUAAUACUGAGGGAACCGCAGUCAGUAUAGUUUCAGCGCAAACCGCAGGGAGUGGUAAUAAAGAAGUCACAGCAGCAGCAACCAUUAACAAAGCAGAUAGUGAACCUCCUGAUUAUACUUCUUCUUUUGACAUUUUGGUCGGGCUCCUAAACGAGAUUCAAAAAAUUACGACUUGCGGGGACGACGCUACAAACGCUCAAACGCUAGACAGUCUUUCGAGUGAGUCGAGUCCGGGAGACAAUACCGCCGAUCACCCUUCUAGCUCCGGAGACGCAGUGUCCAAUUCCUGUAUGAGCAGCGAUGACCCACUUGGGAGCUUUAUCCAGGAAAGGAAAUCGGUCAGCGCUGAAGCCGUGGAGUUGAAACCGGUGUGCGAAGACAAGGAAGUAUUGGCUAGAGUGGCGCCGGACCAGGUCGCCGCUAGCACAUCUCAGCAAGCUGACUUAACAGCCCGUAUCGAGACUUCCACUGGCACAGACGUACUAGCCUCGAGUUGCUCCGUGUCGGCUUUCACUCACUUUGAAUAUUCUGACGUAGGCUGUAACACAUUGAUACAAUCCGGCGAUCAAAUUACAGAGCAAAUGGGAAUAGAAACAAAUCGAACCUCCGUUAAAUCACUAGUGCCCUAUUAUAAUAAUAUAUUUAAGGUCGAAAGGAAAAAAGACGUAACAGCACUCACACAUUCAGUAGCUACUGGAACUAAAAGAAAUGUGGCUGCCGUCUGUAACAUUUUGGUAGACAUUGCUCCAGUCCAAAAAAACAAAAUAAUUCUGGAUAAAUGCGAGGAUGUAAAAAUUGUAAAUGUUAAUGACAAAAAAGAGGUGAACAAAUUUAGCCUGAAUGUUGGCGAAUUUGACUCUACGCUCAAAGUGAAAAGGGACAUUCUUGUGACGUUUUAUUCCAUAUUAGUUUUGACUGUAUUUGCUGCCCUGGCGUUUCCGGAAAUGCUGCAGUUCGCGUAACAUAGGUGUGUAUGUCUGAAGCUACAGCGUGUACGUAAAUUAUGGAAAUUUGUUGUUAUGAUUGAUUAGGUUUGUGUUGAAUUUAUUUAUUUAUUUAUUGAGCCGUGAAAGUAAAAGUUAUUAUAAUAACUUA